AUGUAUUAUUGUACAUGUUCAAUAAUACAUUCAAUUGAUACAAACCACAACAUCUUUGAAAAUCCAAAUAAUGAGCAGAAACAAAACAUUGAUAAAGAAUUAGAUGGCAGCUUAAUUGGAGAAGCAAGGAAAACAACCGAUGAGAUUUAUGAUCUAUAUUGCAAACAUGCUGCUAUUAUUGGUUUUAGUGUACGAAAAGGGAAGAAUAGAUAUAAAGAAGGAACCACAAUUGUUAAUGGAAAAUACUUCAACUGCUCUGCUGCUGGAAUAAGAGACCCUCCUAAAAACAAAGAACUCAAAAAUGAAGAUGAUCAAUCAGAUGCAAAGAAGAAAGAAAGGAGAAAGAGAGUUAUGAUAACAAGAACAAAAUGUGAAGCUCAAAUAUUUGCAAAUAUGAACCAAAAUGGAGAUUUUGAAAUAAAAAAGCAUGUAGUGGUACAUAAUCACCCAUUGACAAGAGAAAUAAGUAAUUAUCUCCACCGAUCGGAACGACAAAUGACAGAGCCCAAAAAAGAAGCUAUUGAGGCAAUGUCAGAAUGUUGUCUAAGACCAAUGGAGUCUUAUAGAUAUAUGUCAACAGAAACUGGUGGAGACGACUGUGUAGGUCAUACGAUGAUUGAUCAUCUAAACUACUGCUACAAGUUAAAAAUGAAGCAAAUUGAUGGCAAGGAUUCACAAACACUAGUGAACAAACUGUAUGACUUACAAUCAAUAGAUCCUGAGUUCUUUUUCCGAGUAACACUCAAUGAUGAAGGAAAAGUUGAGUGUCUAUUUUGGAGGGAUUCUAUGAUGAGAGAAGAUUACAAAAUAUAUGGAGAUGUUCUAGUUUUUGAUACUACAUUCAGAACAAAUAAGUACAAUCUCAUAUGUGCUCCAUUUGUUGGUCUCAAUAACCAUUGGAAAAACACAAUGUUUGCUUGUUCUUUCAUUGGGGAUGAAACCACAGAAUCUUUUGUUUGGGUGUUUGAAACUUUUCUGAAGGCUAUGGGAGGAAAGCACCCUAUAUCAAUUUUCACUGAUCAAGAUGCAGCUAUUGCUGCUGGAAUAGAACAGGUUUUUCCUUCUUCAAGACACAGGUUAUGUUUGUGGCACUUGAGUAAAAAUGCAAACAGUAGGUUUGGUUUAUUGAAAUCUGAUAAAAACUUCAAAAAUGCAUUCUACAAGUGUUUAAGUGGGUGUAUAACACCAAAUGAUUUUGAAGAAACUUGGAAAUCUAUGAUCAACACUUUUAAGCUGGAAAAGGAUGACUGGUUCAACAGAUUGUAUGGUCUUAAAGAAAAAUGGUGUACAGCUUUAAAGUUCUAUAGUAUUUUUCAAGCUACAAUAAAUCGAUGGAGAAAAAUCGAAGAAAAAGACGACUUUGACUGUAAAAGGGGAAUACCUACUUCAGAGCUAAGUAUGAGUGCUAUAUUAAAACAGGCAGCAAAUAUAUACACGAUAACACUUUUCCGUGAUUUUGAAGAAGAGUUCAAGCUUUCUGUGGCAAGUAGUGCAAAGUUCAAGGGAAAUGUUGGAAGAACAGUAUUUUUUGAGGUGUGGAUAGAAGGAAUAACAGGAUCAAGGCAAGAAGUUCAAUACAAAAUGGAAGAUUCAACCGUCACUUGCACAUGCAAAAACUUUGAAGAAUCUGGAUGGUUGUGCUUCCAUUGUUUGAGAAUAUUGCAUUUACAUUCAAUCAAUACAAUUCCAGAUCGUUACAUAACAACAAGAUGGACUAGAUAUGCAAAGAAACAGAUAUGGGAAAGGGUUGAUACGAUAAAAAGGGAGAAAGGGGAAAUCAACAAUUUUACUGGGCAUAAGAUAGCAAAGGCCAGAAAAUUUAUCGAGGAGAAGUUUAAAACGGAUAAUAAAGCAGUUGAUGAAAUCAUAAAAAAUGAAGAAGAAAGGAAGGCAAAAGAAGAAGCUGCAAAGAUAGCAGAACAAGAAAAGGCAAAAGCUGAAGCACAACGAGAAACACAAGACGGGGAAUCAACUAAUUCUGAAAUAACAAUGGUGCUUGAUCCUGAUCGUGCUAAUACUAAAGGAAAGACUACUUCAACUUCAAAAUCAUAUAGUAACCAUUAA